AUUUAAGAACCGAAAGCACAAGUAGUUGGCGAGAAUGAAAUUGCCGUAAAAAAAGUAGAGAAGAGAAUGUAACGGUUCACUCCGCCUAUAUAAUAUGGAAAGUACUCACAAGUCACACACUAUAUAUACGAACUUUAAUUUCCACUCAUAUGCACCUUUGUAGUUUGUACUAACACAAGCAGCAAGUGCUUGGUCUAUAUCCACAAACAUGGUAGUUGGAGGUUCGAAUACCGGUGUUCAUGGAUGGCGAGACAUCAAGAGUCUCACCGUCCAAGUCAUCACCGGGAGAUGGUUCGUGGUGUUCGCCUCCUUUCUAAUCAUGGCAGCCGCUGGAGCCACCUACAUGUUCGGUCUCUAUUCCAGCGACAUCAAAACAACCCUCGGUUACGACCAAACCACUCUCAAUCUCCUCAGUUUCUUCAAGGACUUGGGCACCAACGUUGGGGUCAUCUCAGGCCUAAUCAACGAGGUCGCUCCACCUUGGGUUGUCCUCGCCAUUGGUGCCAUCCUCAACUUCUUUGGCUACUUCAUGAUUUGGCUUUCCGUCACCCAAAAAAUAGCCAAACCCAAAGUGUGGCAGAUGUGUCUCUACAUCUGCAUAGGCGCUAACUCUCAGACCUUCGCCAACACUGGUUCCCUUGUCACUUGUAUCAAGAACUUUCCAGAAAGAAACGGGGUCGUGUUAGGUAUCCUCAAAGGUUACCUCGGUCUUAGUGGUGCAAUCAUCACACAACUCUACUCUGCCAUAUACUAUGAUGACACAAGGGCUUUGAUUUUGCUCAUAGCUUGGCUCCCCGCUGCUAUUUCCUUCGCUUCCCUUCGAACCAUUCGUUACAUGAAGCCUGUUAGGCAGCCUAAUGAGCUCAAUGUUUUCUACAAGUUUCUGUAUAUUUCUCUUGGCCUUGCUGGGUUUCUUUUGGUCAUGAUCACUGUACAGAAAAGGGUCAACUUCACUCAGAGUGAGUUUGGUGUCAGCUCUGCUAUGGUGCUCUUUCUGCUCCUCCUCCCACUUGCUGUUGUUUCUAUGGAGGAAUAUAAGGUCUGGCAGAGUAAAAGGCUCGCUUUGGUUGACCCCUCCCCGGUGAAAAUAGUAACCGAUCAGGGUGAAAAGGUGAAACCGAAUGAGACUACUAAUGUUAGCAGCAAUUCAGUUUCUUCCAAUGAUACCAGGUGGUGGGAAAAUGUUUUUAGUCCACCAGCAAGAGGUGAGGACUAUACAAUACUUCAGGCGCUAUUCAGCAUCGACAUGUGGAUACUAUUCAUAUGUAGCAUAUUUGGUAUUGGUGGCACGUUGACCGCAAUAGAUAACCUUGGUCAGAUAGGAAAGUCGCUUAGAUACCCAAAGAAAAGCAUAAGCACUUUCGUGUCCCUAGUAAGCAUUUGGAAUUAUCUAGGAAGGGUUUUCGCUGGAUUUGUUUCUGAACAUUAUCUGCAAAAGUACAAGUUCCCUCGUCCUCUCAUGCUUACACUAACCAUGCUCUUGUCAUGUGCUGGUCACCUUCUGAUUGCAUUUGACGUGCCAAAUGGUCUUUAUGCGGCUUCGGUGAUUAUUGGGUUUUGUUUUGGCGCACAGUGGCCUUUACUUUUUGCCAUUAUAUCCGAGCUUUUUGGACAUAAAUAUUAUGCAACUUUGUAUAACUUUGGAAGUGCAGCAAGUCCACUAGGGCUAUAUGUGCUUAAUGUGGUGAUGACUGGGCAUUUGUAUGACAAAGAAGCCAAGAAGCAACUUGCGGAAUUGGGGCUUGAGAGAAAGGAAGGACAGGAAUUGAACUGCAUUGGGAUCCAUUGCUUCAAGUUAUCCUUCAUUAUUAUCACAGCUGCUACUUUCUUUGGUGUUAUUGUUUCACUCAUCUUGGUAGCUAGGACAAGAACCUUUUACAAAAGUGACAUAUACAAGAGAUACCGGGAUGCUGCAGCCACGGUGACAGAAGCUGAAAUGGCGAAGGUGGAGAACGGAAACAACGCAAAGAAAGAUGAGAAACAUGUGGUGCCAACUCAGGAGUAAGACUAUUGGCAAAGGAUGAUGCUGUUGUAGCUCAAGGUGCAAACAAGAAACUAAUUGAUUAAUGAUGUGGUCAUACCUCAUACAUGAUAUACAAUGUAACAAGUGUGUAUCAUUAUGUUUUUGCUAAAUUUUAUUUGCCGUGAUGUUUACCUUUCGUUUUCUUUGUCACACAAAACGAAGUCCCCUUUUUUUCGCCUGUAUUCUAGAAAACGAGUAAAAUAAAAUAAUAGAAACGUGAUUGCCGUAUUAUUGCAAUUGUU